GAUUUCACUGUCCUAGUCACUCGUCUGAUCGAUAGCAACCUUCUGUUUCAACUCCCUUCGGUUAUUAUUUCGUUCCUCUAUUUCUGCCUCUGCACUGCACUUCAACUGUAAGUUGCUUUCACUGUUUUAUCUGGCCUGAACUCUGAGGAUUUCAGUGAUUUGUGUUCCAACCUAGUUAAUUUGGAAGACUCCUUCGAUCAGCGAUCAACAAUGGAAAGCCCCGACACGAAAAAGGCGCCAAAUCUCGAAGACAGUGGCUGUGUAGUCGAUGGAUUACGAAGCGCCCUAUGCGAUGGUGAUGUGGAGGAUGAAAAUUCAAUGAUGCUUGAUCAUUUGGAGAUGUCUGGUAUCAACGAGUCCAAGUCCAGUUUAAAGGAUGACAGUCCUGUUCAGGAGAAGAGGGGCUUCCAUGUUCUCAUAGCCAUAUGGGAGGAGUCCCCAGAAAGGAACAAGCUCCACGAGCUUUGGGAAAAGCAUGGCAUGUCCAUCGUCCUUGUGUGCUUAACAGUAACAUUGCUAACAUACAGCAUUGUAGCCAUUGCUAUUAGUGGAUUUGACAAGGCAAAGUGGCUAUUUGCUAUCACCAUGUUCCUGUGGUUUUGCAUGACCUACAUGUUUAUUCGUAAUCACUGUGGAGGUGAAAUCUAUCGAGUGGUUUUGCAGCCCAUCAUUAAUGGAGUAAAUAGUAAAUGGAAAUAUCUCAAGUGGGUUGUGCUUGUUCUUGUCUUGGUGGCUUUAGGAGUAUUCUUUGGACUGGACACAGCCAAACAACCAGAGCGUUUCAUUUCCCUUGCUGGAUUGUUUGCAAAUAUCCUCUUCUGCUGGAUCUUUUCCAAACACCGCAGAAAGGUUAAAUGGCGCCCUGUCAUAUGGGGUCUUGGUUUACAGUUUGUUUUCGGUCUUCUUAUUUUACGGACUUCAAUUGGUUUCCAAGCUUUUAAGGGACUUGGUGAUCAGGUGUCUGCAUUUCUUGAGUACACCAGUGCAGGAGCAUCCUUUGUAUUUGGAGAAAAUUACACUGAGCAUUUCUUUGCUUUCAAGGUUCUCCCAAUCAUCAUUUUCUUCAGUUCGGUCAUCUCCCUCUGUUACUAUGUUGGUAUCAUGCAGCUGAUAAUUAAGAAGAUUGCAUGGCUCAUGCAGAUUACCAUGAAGACAAGUGGUGUGGAGAGUUUAAAUGCUGCUGGCAACAUCUUCAUUGGACAGACUGAAGCACCACUCAUGGUAAGACCAUUCCUUGAGCAUGUGACAAUGUCAGAACUUCAUGCAAUUAUGACUGGAGGAUUUGCCACCAUUGCUGGGAGUGUGUUAGCAGCAUACAUUGAGUUUGGUAUUCGCUCAGAGAUUAUAACCACAUAUGCGUUAUGUGGCUUUGCCAACUUCAGCUCGAUCGGUAUUCAAAUUGGAGGAAUGGCUCCUCUUGCACCAUCACGAAGACAAGACAUGGCCACUGUUGCAUUUCGUGCACUGGUUGCAGGUACAAUUGCCUGCUUCAUGACUGCUUGCAUUGCAGGUGUUCUUUAUGACGAGGCUUUGUACGACACUGUCAUAGAUCUGGGAACUAGCGGCAAUUCUACCGGCUAAUCAUAAAGUCAUCUGCGCAGCGAAAUUCGUGUAAAUAACAGAGUAAAUAGCACACUAAGGAAGGGGAAGGGUAGAAUUUUGUUCCAAUGCUUGUCCUAGACCUUUCAGUUAAUUAAAGUUAACGAUUCAAGUUUUGAGACUCUAGCAUUAGCAAUGACUUAACAUGAAGGCAAUUUAUAACCAUACCGGCAACGCUAAGUAGGGAAAUGAUUACAAAGAGGUAUUGUCCUCAACCUAAAACAAACUUUCCAACUGCCCAACGACAUGGGCAAACUUAAUUUCGUGCGAAGUUAAGUUCAAUAUCGAUUCGCGUGUAUUUUUAUUAAUCGUUUUUAGAUGUAUUUUUUGAGAACACUAAGUAUAUCUGAGUGGUAUGUGCUGAAGUUAUGCCAAAUCGACUCUUUCACCUCUAAAACAACAUUUAUUUGGUCCUGUCAUGCAAUCUUUCCUAUCUUAUGAGGACAAUGCGCGAUGAGGGAUAAGAUCUGCAUAGAGCGUAAACGUGCUAUUGUUUAUGUAACCUGGUAAAUGGUGGUUUACGUCCCUGUACUCUGAGCUGAAGCUAAGCACCAUUUCUCUGAGGGCUUUUCUGAAGCACGUUCCCAUUUAAAGUAGAAAUUCAAGGUUUGUUAAGAGUGAAUACGAAUUUUAUUUGAAAUAAGAUUAUUUAAGGGUAAUCUUUGUAAAUAGAAAGUGUACACAACUAGAAAAGAAGAACCCUUGUUAUACACGGGGUAAUGACUCCUUCCCUCGGAAGGUUACUUGGCAAAAGGUUUUCCUUUUUUUGCUCACACGGGCUUGAGACUGAAGGAAAUUAGAUCAAUAAAUCUAUUUACAUGUUAUAGUUGGAUUAAAAACUCCUGGGAAACCAGCUUCUCUUAAAACAACAACAACAACAACACAAGAUGAUAUUUUUCAACUGUAUAUGUUUAUCUAAAUCAUUGUUGAUUAACUUAUUUUUUCUUAUGAAAAGUUAAAACUAGUCAACAUUUUAUCAAUGUACUAUGAUAGUUUUAAAAAAGUGUCUUGGAGAAUAACGUUUAAUGAAGAGAACUUGUUAUAAAAUGAAACAUUGCUUAUUUCUGGUUAAUAAUUAAAGGUUGGAAUAAAACUUGCUUUAUUGUAUA